AUGAAAAUAUCGCUGCGGCCGCCCUUGCGCGGUCUCAUAUCGCCGUCACCCGCAUUUCGCAGCAGACUGAGUUUCAGCAGAUCAGCUGCGCAAUGCAGUCCUCCCAUCUCUGCCGCCGAAGUCCAAUUCGGCCAGCCUCUCCAUGAGACACAUCCUCAUCUGAUCCAGCCGGGACACAUCACGCCUGGCAUAUCUGCGCUCGAAUACCAUCACAGACGUGCUGCUCUGGCACGCAAGCUGCCGCAAAACAGCGUAGCAGUGCUCGCUGCCUCGACUUUGAAGUAUCGCUCCGGUGCGGUGUUUUACGACUUCCACCAAGACUCCAACUUCUAUUAUCUCACUGGGUUCAAGGAACCCGAGGCGGUCGCGAUUAUUGAGAAAGGGCUCUCGAAUGUCGAAUACACCUUCCACCUAUUUGUGAGGGGAAAAGACGAGCGUGCCGAGCUCUGGGACGGUGCCCGCUCGGGCGUGCAGGCAGCGCAGGAUGUCUUCAACGCUGACGAGGCUGGUGAUAUUGACAACGCUGGCGCUGCAAUCUCACAGCUGGUGGAUGGUGCAAAGGUAGUCUACACGGACAUAGGACACCCAAGCCGACAUAGUGCCCUGAGUCGGCUCAUCGGAGGUCCGGCAAAGGUGGAUGGCAUAGCAAAGCUGUGGCAGCAUGCCAGCGUGAGGUCUUUGCGACCAGUCAUGAACGAGCUGAGGCUGGUCAAGUCUCAUGCUGAGCUAGAUUGUAUGCGCAAAGCUGGCUCUGUUUCGGGGGCUAUCAUCAGCCAAGCCAUGGCGAGCACGCCUUCUGGUGAAAAGCAGCUAUGGGCAGAUUUGGCAUACGGCUUCCGCAGUAAUGGGCUCGACGGUGAGGCAUAUGUUCCUGUCAUUGCGGGUGGCAGGAAUGCGCUCAGCAUACACUACACGCGCAAUGACGCGCUUCUGCACGACGGUGAAUUGGUCUUGGUCGAUGCUGGUGGCGAAUACGGUGGGUACAUCACGGACAUCACUCGAAGCUGGCCGGUCAAUGGCAAGUUCACAGAUGCCCAGCGUGACAUGUACAGCAUGAUUCUCCAGGUACAAAAGGCUUGUCUCAGCCUGUGCCGCGAAGAUGCCGCGACCUCGCUGGACAAAUUGCACAGCAUUUGCGAGCACGGUCUGCGAGACGGGCUGAAGUCGUUGGGCUUUGACCUGUCCGGUGACGCUUUGGGCAGACUGUUCCCGCAUCAUGUCGGCCACUACAUUGGCCUUGAUGUUCAUGACGCACCAGGCUAUCCACGAACCGACCGGCUCACGGAGAACCAAUGCAUCACCAUUGAGCCUGGCAUAUAUGUGCCGGAUGGGGACGAGUGGCCAUCGCACUUUCGUGGCAUGGGCAUCCGGAUCGAAGACUCCGUGAUUAUUGGUGCAAAGAGCGCUGAAAUUCUCACACGGACGGCUGUGAAAGAAGUUGACGAGAUAGAGAAUUGCAGAGCAUGAAUGUGGACUCGGAUGUGUGUGUGUUUAGGUACCUAUGUGUGUAGGUCAGGUAGGUAAGGUACAGGUAUGCAUGUGUGUGUACAUGUAUGUGUGUAGCAAUAGUAGUAAUAUCAGGUAGUUCCUGCCAAUGCCAUUGCCAUGGUAUAAUGGUACAGUAGGUAAACAUAAC